AUUCAUUUAUUAUUUUGUCUCUUAUCUUGAUUGGUGUGCCAUAGAUCUGUCUCUACUUUAUCAUUAUUCUCGCGAAACUCUGUCGUCAGCGCAAACGUCACAGUGGAGCAAUAGGCAUUUAAAAGUGCAACACUAAUCGACUGCUCAUCAGCAAUGUCGGCAAUGGUCGCCGAUCACCGCCAUGGCCAAGGUCACCAUUUCCUUAUGGUGAUCGUAGCCGCACAAAGUCACAUCAAUCCCGCCCGCCACCUCGCACGUCGACUAGCUCGAACUGCAAAAGCUCGAGUCACCAUCACUACACCUCUCUCCUCCCAUCGCCGCCUUUUUCCAGGAUCGUCUGCCACAGCCGGCGAGCUUGACGAUGCGACAGAGGAGGCGCCUCUCAAUCUAGAUGCCUCUGGAGUCAUCGCCUAUGCGCCUUACUCCGACGGUUUUGAUGACGAGGACCACCUGGCCGCAAUCGAUACCGACCUCUUCAUGGAAAAGCUCAAGUCAGUUGGCUCCCAAACCCUCGCCACCCUAGCGCACAACUUCAUCGCAAAAGGCUGCCCUGUUACCUGCAUAUUGUACACCAACAUACUCACUUGGGCAGCUGACGUCGCGCGCGAUCUGAGCAUCCCUGCAAUCCACUAUUGGAUUCAGCCCGCCUCUGUCUUCGUCAUCUACUACCACUACUUCCAAGGCCACCCA